CUUAUUUUUUCUCUCAGCCCUAAAUUUCAAAUUUCACCCGUCUUCUUCGGCAAGUCGACACCGCACUCGCCGGAAUCUCUCACGGCGGCGAUCUCUUUCUCCGGAGGAUUUAAAUUCGAGUGUAAAGCACAAUCUUUACCAAGUGGUUGAAGUGGAAAUUAUCUGUGUUCUUUUGCAUUAGCACAACACGCGUAUGAAAUUCUGAUCAAGCUAGCAUCAUUUGCAAUUCAUUGCUUGGAAAGUGAUAUCUUAAGCAUGAAGCUCAUUGCACGGUUAAGACCCAUCCAAACCUGUACAGCUCUACGUGAAAUUAUAGGGCCUUUGCAGUCUCGUUCAUUUCAACCUGAUUUUGUCCCCAGAGAUCCCAAUGCCAAGCCCAUAAGGUACAAAUAUCCUGCUGCAUAUGAUCCAUAUGGCCCUAGACCCCCACCAUCAGACAAGAUAGUUCAGCUUGCUGAACGUAUUGCUGCUUUAGCCCCAGAAGAACGUAGACAAAUUGGUCCUUUACUCCGGGAGAUACUAAGGCACCCUAAUUUGAAACAAAUUUCAGUAGAAGGCAUGGAUUUGGGUGCAAUGGGAGGAGCAGGUGGUGGACCGGCAAAGGCUGAGGAGAAGAAGGUUGAGAAAACAGCAUUUGACGUCAAGUUGGAGAAAUUUGAUGCAGCUGCAAAAAUCAAGGUGAUCAAAGAGGUUAGAUCCUUCACGAGUCUAGGUCUAAAGGAAGCCAAGGAACUGGUCGAAAAGGCUCCUGCUAUACUUAAGCAAGGAGUAACCAAAGAGGAGGCUAAUGAAAUCAUAGAAAAGAUCAAAGCUGUUGGAGGAGUCGCGGUUAUGGAGUAAUAACCUCUGUUGGAUUUAGCAGGUUCCCUUAUCCUGCCAAAAUUAACAUAAUUUCUCUUUGUUGGAUUUCGUUUCUUGGUUUAGGACAAUCGCGUUUUGUUUAGUAGGUUCUGUGGAAUUAUCUGGCUUUUUACAGCUUUAAACCCAUUACACCAUAUAGGCAUGGUGAUCACAAGAUUUUGUAUCUGAUCUUGCUGCUAGACUAUUAAGAAUUCG